AUGAUUAAUUUAUUUUGGUAUAUUUUAUUUUUUUUAUUAAAUUUUUGGUUUAUAGAUUGUAGAUAUGGUAACUCAAAUGAGGAUGAUAGUUUAAUAAUGGGAUUAAAUUCGGGAUCUGCAGAGUUACCAUUAAUUAAUUCUCAAUAUAGGAUAAGAGUAAGGAAAACAGAUCCAUUAUUACGUAGAGUUGUUAUUAAGGGGAUAGAACCUAAAUUUCCCUUAGAUAUUAAUGCUGAUGGCCAAAUUAAUAAUCAAUCUAAAUAUUAUAAAUCUUCAAUCCCAAUUCAUGUCCCACGAAUGAUAAAUAAAUUAACUAAGAAAUUAAAUAGAAUCCCUAUUAUAUCACAAUCACCUCCUAUAUUACCUCUUGAACCAGUAGAACGUUUAAUUUCAUUCGCUAUUGAAAUUUGUAAAUUACCUUCAUUAUGGUAUUUAGAACUGAUAUAUUGUAUGUAUAAAGGAGUUUUACCUUAUAUAAAUGGAGUAUUAAUGAGUUAUUCUUUACAAGAUAUUGUAGGAGCCGCAUUAGCAUCUAUGGACUUACCUAGUGAAGGGUUUAAUACAAGAUAUUGUAAGAUUGCAAUACCACUUUUUAGUGAUAUUGCUAUUCAACCAUAUGGGGAUCAAAUUUGUUCAAGAAUGCGUCAAUGUUUAACUGAUCGUGAAUUUUUAGAUGGUGAAAAUAUUUAUAGAACAAAGAAAUGGGAAGAUAGAGUUAUUAAUCUUUAUAAAGAUAAACCAUCAUUUUAUAGAGGAUUACAUUCAAGAUCUUAUGCUCAAAAAAUAAUAACAGAAAUUCUUAUGUAUCAUAGAAAAACUUUAAAAAUAAUAAAAAAUAUUUUUCUUUUAAUAAGAAAAUAUUUCAAUAUGAUAUUUAUACUUAAUGAAUUCUUAAUAGAUAAUGGAUAUAAAAAUCCAGAUGUAUUUGAAGUUUCUAUUAGUGAUUAUUCUGCUAUUGGUGAUAAUAGUCUAAAUAAAAAGUCAGUUUUGAAGAUGAUAGCAUCAUGUAUUAAUAGUUUAAUAGAUAUUCAUUUUCUAUCAAAUACUGUGGAUUAUUUACCAUAUUUAACUUCUGUUGGUUAUUCUCCAUUUUCUAAUACUAUAAUGGAAUAUGCUUGUACAAAAAUGAUUUCAAUAGGAUUUAUUAGUAAAAAUGUUGAAGUUCCAAAAACACUUUCUAAAAAAGAAGUUGUAUUAAUUGCAGAUCCAGGUAUUUUAUAUAGAAAUAGUGAAUGUGACUAUAGUCAAUAUUUGUUAGAAGGUGAAUGUAAUAAAAUAGAUGAUAAUAGACCUAGCAAACUUUUAAUUGAAACACCAGGAUCUUCAACAAAAUUAGAUUCUGUUGAUAUUAAUAAUACAGAAUUUGGUAAACAAUUUAAUGAAGAAUCUGAAAGUAAAUAUCAAAUAGAAGAAAUAAAGCAAGAACUAGAUAAUACAUAUACAUUAGAUAUUGAUUCAACUUGUAGUGAAUCUAUAGAUAAACCUGCAACGAAAACGUACUGUUUUAAGGUAGAUAAUGAGCAUGAGUAUAUAAAAUAUGAUUGA